AGUUCCAGUGAAACUCAGCCUACCCCAGAUUCGGUGCAAUCCUUCAAUGAGUUAAGACUUGAGAAAUCAGAGACUUCUGAUACUUCAGAAUCAAAGGGGGACUACUCUUCUCAGGAUAAAUCUAAGAGUGAUAACUCUGUGCCUACUAGCCCUGAAAUAUAUAGUGAUAGCAGUUGUACAUCUCCAAAAAAGGAGAUCACUAUAUCAGAGAAUGCUGUUUCUAGCGUAAAUUCAUCACCAAAAAAGGAAACUGCCAGUGAGGUGGGCUCACCAAAAAGGGCCACAGGCGAGGUAAAAAGUGACUAUAGUGACGUGAUAGGAUCACCUAAAAAAGAGAUUUCAUACUCUCCAAAGCAUAGUGACCACAGUGCUGAUUAUUCAGAAAGCACUGACAAAGGAAGUGGUGGAUAUCCUUCUCCAAAACGCAGACCGGAAAAAGGUGAUUAUUAUUCAGAUAAUUCAAGCAGAAGUAGCAGCAGUGGGAACCCUUCU